GCAAACUUGCUUUUGCGCAACACUGCCAAGGAACAGAAGGACGCAAGCACAGCGGAUAAAAGAAACAGAAUUGCAAAACGAGCAGAGCUUUUCGGUACGACGAAUAAACAAGCAAGUGGUAAAAACAAAUCCUGGUAACCAAAUCGCAAUUCGGAUUCAGGUUUUGUGGUGCUAACAGUCGCGCCCGCCAAGAUGGCAUUGUAGUGUAUCGCGGUUCGUUAAUUUAAUGCUGCUAGAGUGGCUUCUCGGAUGAUUCAAGCGCACUGCUGGGGCAACUAAGAGUGUGAGCUGCUUGCUGCUGGUGGUGCCUGGUUCAACUAUAUAUCAUAUGCUGAAGAUGGUUCUGUGUGUACAUCGUCGUAGGGCGUGUUACGUGAAAGCGUUUUUUUUGUAUUCCAUUUGGUGCAACAGAUUAGCCAGGAUGUACGUGAAAGGGUGUUAGCAAGUGUUUGAGCCAUCGGUAGUGACGGGAAAGUUAUUUGAUUGUACCUCAAAUGUAUGCGUCAUACAUAUGCGCUUUGCAAUGGGCACAAUUUAUGCAUCCGUUUGUUUUACGCUCUCCGCGUUAAUUAACUCCUUGUAUUGUUCUAUCUUCCUCCUUGGAACAGUGAAUUAUUAACAAAUCAGAAACCAAUUUCCCUCAAACCGCAGACCAAAAAGUGUACAGCAAAGGAUGUCAUGAAAUUUUAAUCCAAUUAAUCCUAUGCUUUGUUUCCUCUUCUGACUGCCCAACUUGACGCUCUCUCACUUCGAAUCGAUGCCGCGCAGUGAUAACAGUUUGGCCAAGUUAUAUCCUAAAUCCUAAGCCUUUUUUGCAGCGCAAAGUGGUAAGAAAAAGGAAUUCCUCAUAAACCCUCUUAUUAAAAAAAGCAAAAAUUUAGGUGCAUUCCGCAUCCUUCGCGAGUCGUGAAGAAACACCAGCAAGGUGUCAAUUUAGGCGUUCAUAUAAAUAAAUCUGAAAAGUGGAAAGGGUAUUUUUAGAAAUUAUGGAACUCAACAUCACGGGCAUUCGGCGCGGCAGGAUGAUGUGCCACUGCACACACACAACCUCACAUCAACGUAAACAUUAAAUUCGAUUAAAUGAAUUGAAUUGAACAACCGCCCCAAACGGAUAGCAAAGUUAUCAAUAGAAGCAACAAAAGGAGAGUGCAACAAAAAAACACGGGAAGAAGCUCGUUUGUGUUAUCAAAGAUGCUCUUAGCUAAUGCUGUGCGGAAAGCAUUAAUUAUGAAGAUGGGUGAAAUGUUUGGCUUUAUUCUAGUGAAAGUGUGAAGAGCUAUGUGCGCGAAACGAUCGAACAAUCGCGAUUCUACCACUGUUAAUAAAGCCGUGUUUGCUAAUUGAUGUUUUGGGUGUGCUUGGUGGCAAAUUGACAAAUUUACAUACGCUCCAUAACUACGACCAUCGCCAUCAUGCCGGAGCUCAUUGGUGUCGGGGAAUUCCUCGAGGAAACUCGGGAGGACUACAAUUCCCCGACAACGUCCACGUUCGUGUCUCGUAUGGCACAGUGCCGGCAAACCAUCGCCGCACUUGAAGAGACAUUGGAUUUCGAUCGCGAAGGAUUAACAAAACUGAAGAAAGCUGUCAAAGCCAUUCACAAUUCGGGAAACACCCAUGUGGAUAAUGAGAUGUGCUUGGUACGGGCGCUGGAACGACUCGGAUCGGUGGCGCUGUCCAAGGAGGAACCGGACAUCGGUGCCGCGUUCCUGAAGUUUUCCGUUGUUACCAAAGAGCUAAGUGCGCUAAUGAAAACAUUGAUGCAAAACAUCAACAACAUUGUGAUGUUUCCCGUGGACUCGCUGCUCAAGUCGGAGCUGCGCGGGAUGAAAGGCGAAAUGAAACGACCCUUUGACAAGGCGGCCAAAGAUUAUGAUUCCAAACUAAUGAAAAUCGAGAAGGAAAAGAAGGCGCUCGCCAAGGAGGUGGGCAUGAUGCGGACGGAGGUGACGCCAGCGGAAAUAGCGGAAGAAAUCGAGAAGGAGCGCCGUGUGUUUCAGCUGCAGAUGUGCGAGUAUCUUAUAAAGUUUAAUGAAAUUAAAACCAAAAAAGGAAUCGAAUUGCUUCAACACUUGGUUGAAUAUUAUCAUGCUCAAAACAACUACUUUAAGGAUGGGCUCAAAACGAUUGCCCACUUCGGUACCUACAUCGAGGAACUCAGUAUUAAGCUACAAACCAUCCGUCACAAGCAGGACGAAGAGCGGCGGAAACUGCUCGAACUGCGCACCCUGCUACGAUCCACCCCCGACUUUGACCGGGUCGAGAAUGUUCCCCCGGGGGAUAAAGGUGGAGCGGUCGGCUAUUCGCUGCACCAGCUGCAGGGCGAUAAGAACCACGGCAUCACGCGCAGUGGCCACCUGUUGAAGAAAAGCGAAGGCAAAGUGCGCCGUGUGUGGCAGAAGCGGCGGUGCCGGGUAACGGCGGACGGAUUCUUGGACAUAUGCCAUGCGGACGAAACCAAAGCACCGACACGCGUCAAUCUGCUGACCUGCCAGAUAAAACCGCUCGCAGACGAUAGGAAGGGGUUCGAUUUAAUAAGUUAUAAUCGGUCCUAUCACUUCCAAGCGGAGGAUGAAGCGGACCAGAAGGCCUGGAUGUCGGUGCUGAUCAACUGCAAGGAAAAGGCGUUGGCGAAAGCGUUCCAGCACGCCAAUCCACAGAUGAGUCCGAGUUUGAUAGAGUUGCAGAAGACGGUCAUUAAACACAUACAGAACUUGCCGGGCAAUGAUCAGUGCUGUGACUGUGGUUCCCGAAACGAUGUCACGUGGAUAAGCCUGAACUUUGGCAUCUUGGUGUGCAUUCAGUGCUCGGGCGUGCAUCGGGAUCUGGGCGUGCACCAUUCGCGCAUACAAAGCUUAACGCUCGACAAUCUGACGACGGCACAGCUGCUCGUGGCUCGCGCCAUGGGUAAUAAUGCACUGAACGAGGUGAUGGAGGCCACUCUUGCGCAGGGAAAGCUUACUCCGGAAAGCUCUAUGGAGGAGCGAUAUGAUUUCAUUCGGGCAAAGUACGUAGCCAAGCGGUACGUGAUGCGAACGUGUGCGGACGAUCGCGAUCUUAGGAACGACCUCGAGCAAGCCAUCAUCAACGCUGACCUUGGCCAGCUGUUGCAAGUUUGGGCGGAAGGCGCCGAUCUUACUUGUGUUUUACCAUCGUCGGACUUUGGUGAAACCGCACUCCAUUUGGCGGUAUUGCGAGAAAUGGGUUCGACGCUGCACAUCGUAGACUUUCUGAUACAAAACAUGACGGCGCAGGGCUUGAACAAGCAAACCAAUCCACCCGGCCCGAUGGAUGUGAGUGGCAAAAACACGGCACUGCAUCUAUGCGCACUGCACGAUCGUCGCGAAUGCAUGAAGCUGCUACUUCGUUCUGGCUGUGAUUGCGAUAUUCGCAAUUCUCAGAACAAACUAGCGCUGGAUAUUGCCAAAGAGAUGGGAAACGAAGCUUGCAAAGAAUUGAUCGAGCAUGCCAUGAAGCGUGAGAAGAGUGCGUUUGACCACAUUAAUACCGACUGGAACAUACACGACGACGGGUCGACCGACUUCUCCGACGACGAUACGGCGCUGAUGGACGAACGGAAGUCGCGCUCCCGACCGCCAAGCUUCGUUGGCGGCGAUUCACCGGUCGCGUUACGAUCCCGAUCGUCCACCUGCGACUCCAUUCAGAGCGGUUCCAGUCCGAGCUCGAGCUGCAACCCGAAUGCGGUGCGCGAUCAGCGCCAGAUACCACCAAUCCCGUCAUCCGUAAAUUUGGGCUCACUCAAGAAACGCACUGCACCGGCCCCUCCCCCAACCACGUACGGAACAUUGCCACACGCGCCACGGCAUUCGCAGAACUUGGAGAACGAGCUGUUCGGCGUAUCGUCGCAGCACGGGCUACACGGGCUGCACCAUCAUCACCCGGAUAUGUACAGCACGCUGCCACAUCUGCGAGGGUCCGAUCCGGCAUCGAACAGUAGCGCCUCGUCGUCGGUACCGGCCGCGCUGCUGUCGAGUGAAAUGCGCGGCGGUUCGACGAAAUCCAUGCAGGCACAGCUACAGUUUGAUAACAAAGUGUUCGACCGUUACGAGCCGUACGCUGCUUCAGCGGCCGUGUCCACCAGUGUGGGUGGCGGCAGCCGUGAUCCAAACUUCCUGAGCACCUUCACCGGCGGCCACAAGCGCUCGCCCAGUGGAGAAUCCCUAGGACGAAACCUGGCUGGUGCUAAGCUAGUUCUGCCGCCUGCUGGAGAAAUUCCUCAGCUGAAACCUGUGUCCAACCGUCCCAAGCAACCGAUCCCCUCGCAAGUGGCGGGAACAAUCAUUGGCAAUGCAGAAAAAUCAGCUUCCAACGGACAAUCCAACGAAAGCCUGUCCUCCAUAGAUGAUGCCAUCGUUAUGCGACGAAAGGCGAAAGGUCCAACGGUAGGAGGAGCGGCGUACGAUACGAGCCUGGAUGGCAUAAUGAAGGGAACAGUAUAUGCAGACUAUGAUACCUCUGGUGUACGAGUAAACACGCUAGACAACUCGGUGGCGUCAUCGUCCGGGGGUAAUGUCGAUUCCGCCAACAGUAGCUACAGUCGGAACGACAAAAGCGGAAGUACCGCCGGGUCAGCGGGGCUAGAUUCCUUUAACUUAUCCAGCAGAAGCUUUACCGGAGCAUUACGACGGUGCCGAGCACUCUACGACUGUAACGCGGACAAUGACGAUGAGCUGGAGUUCAAAGAGGGUGAAAUACUGCUCGUGCUAAACGAACGAACCGAUGACGAAAACUGGAUGGAAGGCCAAAUCGAAGGCGACAGCACGCGGCGGGGCAUGUUUCCGGUCAGCUUUGUACAAAUGAUGGAUGAUUAAAGGGCAUUUCCAUUAGCGAGAGAGAGAGAGAGAGAAAGAGAGCGAGAGAGAAUGAGAGCGAGUGCGAAUUGGUUUAAUGCUGUAACACACACGCAUUACGGUUCCUAGUCCCCCCCCAAAAGGAAGCAAAAAUCCAUCACCCUUCUACCGCCCAGACCCAAAAUGCUUGGUCACGAAAGCAUUCGCCUAGGUGCUCGAGGGGUUGGUGAAGUUUGCCGAUAAAAAACAGAGAGAAGAGAUCAUCAUCUUCCUUUCUUGCAUUUGUUGUUACAUACACAUUCGUUCGUUUCCAUUCAUUGGUUUACAUGUAACUAUAAAAACGAUAUUUAUGCGACGAGAUUUCAUCAGGACGUGGUAAAGGCAUCCACUCAGUUUCCGCUUUCGUUCAUAGGGGUUUUUCUAUAUAUUUAUUUCAACACUGACAACAACAAAAAAGCAUACACACACGUACGCAUACUGCAUAGUCAUUCGUGUAACAUAGGAGUUGUUUUUUAAACGGACAAUAUUCACAAUUCUUGGCAAAAAGAAAUGUCAUUUUCGGCUGUAACGGUUGUUUUUUUUUUGUUUUAUUUUACUCAGUAAUAAUUUUAAUUAUUCGCUGGUGAAAGGAAGCGAUAUUUUUUGGAGAAGACUAUAUCGACAAGAGCUUCUAUCAAACAAGCGCGGAGUUAGGGCAAGUUGUUGAGAUACGAUCAACGCAACCAGCAGAAAGCGAUCAUUAAUGUUAAAGUGAAGGCGUAAUGCGAAUUCCAGUAAAUAUUAGUAGGAAGGAAUGACAACAACCGUGAACACAAAUAGUGAAAUCUAUGUAUAAGGUUUGCCAAGUAAUUUAAAUAACGAACCCCGAACCCAUUUAAAUAUAUUGUUAAACGUUGAACUUCAUAACAAAAACAGACAGACAGACAAAGCAUCGCGUCGGUAUGAAGUGAAGAUAAGUACGUAGACUAUAUAUAUGUGUGUGUUUGUUACACAACUUCAAUCAAAUGGAAAUUACACGUGCCAGUAUGUAUAGAGCAAAACUUUGCAAAACAAAUACAAAUCUACUCAGCCGUUCGAUGGGACUACAAGA